CACGCGGCUUAGCCUGUCAUACCAAUUCAUAUUAACUACUACCUGUCCUACAGCUGACUGCUGAAAGAACUGCGCCGGGACCGCCCGGCCGCGUAGGCAAAGAUGAUUCCGCCGUUGACAUCGCUUGUUAGAUAUGAUAAUCCCGUCCUAGUUAGCACAAGCAAAGAUAAGGGAAAGGGUGCAAAAGGGGCGCCGGGCAAGAAGGGUGCCCUUCCUCCAGUUGAACAAAAGCCAGGGCUUACCCAGACCGAAGAUAUUCUGAACUCGAUACUGCCUCCAAGGGAGUGGACCGAGGAUGGCCAGCUUUGGGUGCAAUAUGUGUCGAGCACACCGGCGACCCGGCUGGACGUCAUCAAUUUGCAGGAGAAGCUGGACCAACAGCUGCAGCAGCGCCAGGCCCGCGAGACCGGUAUCUGCCCUAUUCGGGAGGAGUUGUACGCGCAAACCUUUGACGAGCUCAUUCGUCAAGUCACCAUCAAUUGCGCGGAGCGCGGUCUCUUGUUGCUGCGAGUGCGUGAUGAAAUGCGCAUGACAAUUGCCGCAUACCAGACCCUAUACGAGAGCGCGGUAGCAUUUGGCAUCCGCAAAGCCUUGCAGACGGAACAGGGCAAGAGCGAGAUGGAGUCCCGGAUUACACAGCUGGAGGCGGACGUUAAGGAUCUCGAGCGCCAGGUGCAAGAGUGGAAAUUUAAGUGCGAGGCAAUUGAGAAGCGUGAGAGUGAGCGCCGCGAAGUUGACGCCAAGAAGCACAAGGACGAGGUGGCGUAUCUGGAGAAUUACGCCAAGCAGCUCAAGGGGCAAUUGGAGACCUUCCUGGUACCGGCAAAGAAGGGCGCGCCGGGCGUGCCGGCCCCGGCCACGUGAAUAGUAGAUGGCUGAGGAUCACGCCGCACGUAUGUGCGCGAAAGGGUUAACGCAGCACAGCGGGCGAGUCGACAGCAUUUGUGUUGGUGGAAUAGGAAUGGUCAAGUGCAGUUCGCUUAACAGUACGGGCAUUCCAUGUGCAUUGCUUUGUGUUGUGUAUUGUGUAGACUGCAGUGAUUUGUCGUGGGAACCGGCGCAAGGGCCCUUAGUCCGACUUGGGCCAGGUGUAUGCACCGUGAGUUGUCAAGCUACUCAUGUGACUUUUGACUGUGACAGGGCAUACACCGACGAAUGACAUAACAGUUAUAUUACUACCGCUUGACCGCAUGGACGUGCCCUCUGUGUUUACCAGCUCCAUUUUGUAUACAUGCCAAUGACUGGACCGUGUUUUAAGUGGUUCUGCGCGUGCAAUGUUGUUGCGGAAGGUCUUUGCGCGAUGUUCCCGUAGUAGUAUUGGUGUUGGUGCGGGCUCACAGCCUGGGUGAGUUCCCAAGGCGCCCCGCAUUGCUGUAAAAUCUUGUCCUGUAAGCAAACUCACG